AUGCCUGGUCCAGCCUUUUGGCUGCAAGCCCAGACAUUUCUGGCACUGAGCUGUGGCGUCAUUUCGUCGCCAAUUUUGGGCGACCUGCCCCAAAAGACCCUGCAAUAUGAGUCGCAGCCGCAUCAAGAGUUACAGUCACGCAAGCUCAAUGGUCGGUUCCUGCAUAUAACAGACUUUCACCCUGAUGAGUUUUACAAGCCUCACACAUCAACCGAAGACGGUAUCGCGUGCCAUCGCGGCAAUGGCAUGGCUGGGACGUAUGGAGCAGAAAAAACGGACUGCGACUCGCCAUUUUCCCUCGUGGACGCCACCUUUCAAUGGAUACAAGAGAAUAUCAAGGACGACAUUGAUUUUGUAAUAUGGACAGGCGACACGGCGCGACACGACAGCGAUGAAGCGCAUCCGCGAACCGACAAGACUGUCCUCGAUAGCAACAAGGUCGUUACUGAUAAAAUCAUCAAGACUUUCAGCUCACCUGAGGGGAAGCUUGAGGUUCCCAUAAUACCGACAUUCGGAAACAAUGAUUUUCUUCCUCACAACAUUAUGUAUCCUGGCCCUAAUCACUGGUUCGCCGCUUAUGGGGAGAUUUGGGAUCGGUUCAUCCCGGAGGAGCAGCGCCAUUCUUUCCAAUUCGGCGGCUGGUUCCAUGUUGACGUCAUCCCCGGAAAGCUUACAGUCUUUAGUCUCAACACAAUGUACUUCUUUGACCGUAAUGCUGCUGUGGAUGGUUGCGCGCUACCGUCCGAGCCCGGGUACAAGCAUAUGGAAUGGCUUCGGGUGCAGUUGGAUCUUAUGCGAAAGACGGGCACGAAAGCUAUCCUUAUGGGUCACGUCCCACCCGCAAGAACCGACAGCAAGCAGAAUUGGGAUGAAACUUGCUGGCAGCGAUAUACCCUAUGGCUUCAAAAGUACCGGGACGUUGUUAUCGCCUCGUUAUUUGGCCACAUGAAUAUCGAUCACUUCCUUCUGAGCGACACCAAGGAUAUCGACUUGGAUGUGGCAGCGGGUCAGAGUCCUGCCGCACGUAGCAUCUUUCGAAAGUCGAUCAACGAGUCCGAGCUUUCAGCCCAAGGUAAAGAGGACUACCUCCUAGAGCUGCGAGACAUUUGGGGCGACAUUCCUGGUUCCGCCAUUGAAGUGCUUAAUGAAGAGGAUGACCACGCCGAGGUCGAUACUGAGAAGAAGAAAAAGAAGAAGAAUGGCUUCAAGAAGAUUGGGGGAAAGUAUGCCGAACGAUAUCAGCUUUCCUUCAUCAGUCCAAGUGUGGUACCCAAUUACUUUCCAACCAUGCGAGUUUUCGAAUACAACGUGACUGGGCUGGAAAAUGCUACUGUUUGGAAGGAAAAGAAUGCAACGGAGAAAGUGCAGUCGACUGAGAAUUUGGAGCUGCGAUUCGUUGGCAUUGAAAAGAAAAAGAAGGGGAAGAAGGGGAAGAAAGGAAAGGAGGGAAAACAAAAGCCCAAGGACCCAAACUUGAUCAUCCCAGACGAUCCUCCCAAAACAGCGCUACCUGGGCCAGCCUAUUACCCACAGCAGUUUACCUUGACAGGGUACACUCAAUACUUUGCCAACCUCACUCACAUCAACAAUGAUCAACCUGGCUUAGACGGCGUCGAAGGAUCUAAAUGGCAUGAUGGCAACCACGGUGACAAGAAACCGAUACACAAGCCAGCUCAACCACGCAAAUUCCAAUUCGAGGUCGAGUACAGCACAUUCGAUGACAAACAGUUCAAACUCAAGGACUUGACCGUCCGAAGCUAUCUGCAUCUGGCAUACCGCAUGGGUCAGCGCAGCAAAAACAAUGAGAUUGCAGAAGGUGAUGGGGCCAGUGGUGACAUAGAUGCGGAUAAGAAAAAGAAGAAGAAGAAGAACAAGGAGAAGAACAAGACUUGGCUACACUGGCUCAACUUUGCCUUUGUUUCAGCUGUGUCAGAAGACGAUUUGGAAGAGAUGUAG